UCUGAAUACAAUCACUAAAGUGUUUUCUUUCGUUUCCACUCAUUAUUUUUGUUUACGUUUAUGAUCAUAAGGCAUACAUAUGAAGAAUUCACAUAGUUUACUUUCGGGAUUAUCAACAGCUUUAGUAGAUAUUUUUAACGUGUUAAUUGCUAAGAAAUGAUUAAGUUUUGGAAAAGCGCAGCAAAAGGCAAAACUGGUUGUCCUGUGCGACCUCCCGAACCCAGCACCAGCUCUGUGACUAAUACUCAUGUUAGACCAUUGUUAGAUACGCAAUUAGAAAACGAAAACGAAGAUUAUUCACAAUUAUUUAUUAAGAAAUCAAAGCUGUCAUUAAAUUUACAUGAUAUACUCAUUGAAAAAAAAUCCUUACAACAUUUUAUACUGUUUAUGGAAACUAUUGGUAAGCAUUUAUUGAUAAAAUGUUGGUUGGACCUUGAUGAUUUUAAAACACUGGUAUUGAACACCAAUCAAACAGAGAACCAUACAAAAAUCAGCAGAGCUAAAAGUUUUGAUUUUCAAUGUAAAUGUAAAACACAAAAGGAUAAAGAAUUUAAGUCACGAAAAUGUAGAGAAAAAAAUGAAAAUGAUUUGUGUACCACUGAAUUAAGAAGAAAAAGUGAUUAUUCAACAAGUUCUUGUUUGAACUUAGCUGAAUAUGAUAACACAGUAGAUAGUUGUGAAGAUUGUGAAAAAACUAAAAAUAUAUCUGAUUUAACAGAAAUAGCUAUAGAAAUAUUUAAAAAAUAUGUGGCAUUAGAAGCUCCAUAUCACUUAGACUUACCUGAUAGCUUGAGAAAAUCAGUUAUUUCAAAUAUAUGUGAUCCUGAAGGCAGGAUAAAAGAAGAUUGCUUUAAACCUAUACAGGAAGUCAUAUUCAGUCAAAUAGACAAUAAUUAUUUUAAUGAUUUUGUAAACAGCCCAUAUUAUAUAAAAGCACAAAUUGACAUACUGACCACUGGCUCUCUCAACCUUAUAGAUAUUUUAUAUAAUGAAACAAUAUUGUUCUAUUUUACGGAAUAUUUGGAGCAAGAAUCUUGUAGAAUCUUAUUAGAAUUUUUAAUGGCUGUUACUCACUUCAGAGACAAUUUAAUGAAUGGUAACAGUUUAAAUUCUGAUCAAGCACAAAUAGAUGCUAUAGUUUUGUACGACAAAUAUUUUUCACUGCAAGCCACAAGUCCAGUAGGAUUUCCAACAGAGAUCCGAUUGAACAUUGAAAGUAAUAUAUGUAGAGUGGGAGGGCCUUUAUACACAUGUUUUGAUUUAUCUCAUCAGAUGGUGUUCAAAACACUGACAAAAUAUGUGAAAUCAUUUCUAGAAUCUGAAUUAUAUUAUAAAUACUUAUCUGAGAUGAUUCACUCAGUAGAUCAAACUUGGUCAUCAAAUUUCAAGUCUCAGUCAGAUUGUAGUAGUGAAGUUAGUAUCAGUACUCAAAACACUUUACUGGCUAUGGGAGACCCAGCAUUCCGAAAGAAGAAACGCAAUCUCUCUGUACCUGAUAUGACAAUAGAUUCUAAUCAAUUGUAUAAUGCGGAUGCUUUGUGGCAAAGAAAAAGGCAUGAUGGGCUAAGUCUUGGAAGAGUUAAUAGUUUAGGUAGAUUUGAGUCAAAGUUUGAGCCGGACCCCGACAAGAAAGACAAAUCAGUGUUGAAAAAAAUGGUUAGUCGAUUUGUGCCAGUUACUACUUCAAAAGUGGAAGAAGAAAUGGCUUGGCAAAUAGCUCACAUGAUUGUUAAAGAUGUCACAGACUUGACCAUGGCCCCACCGGAAAGUGAGCAAGAUGGAAAUAUAGAUAUGUGAUAGCAAUAGCUAAAUCUAGCUAUUUUAAUUUGUAAAUUAAGA